AUGAUGAUGCGUCUCAAAUUGAUGAAAAUGUUUAUGCCAGUGGAUAAAAAAUAUUUAAUAGGAGGUAUUGUAGUCGUUUUUUUAUUAGAUUUUUUAGGACUCUUUUCAAAAAUUUUCGAAAAAGAUUAUCUCACAAAUUUUAAUUAUCCCUACGAUGUAAAUGUAACCUUACUUGUUGACAAAUUAGAAAAAGGUUUGAUCCCUGAUGUAAGGCCCAUAAACACAUACAAUUUUGAUUAUGUAAUUUCGAAUGGAAAAAAAUGUACGGAUGGAAAUAGACCGAGACUUGUUUACAUGGUAAAAUCGAGUAUUGAUCAUUUCGAUAGGAGGGAAACAAUAAGGAGAACAUGGGGUUUCGAAAAUAGAUUUUCAGAUGUUAAAAUUUACACUUUGUUCAUAUUGGGUAGUACCUCAGAUAAAAAUUUAAUGAAUAUGGUCAUGGGGGAGAGUGUAAAAUAUGGAGAUAUAAUUCAAUUAAAUUUUAUCGAUUCGUAUUAUAACAAUACGAUAAAAACGAUGAGUGGAAUUAAAUGGAUUACUGAAUUUUGUCCCAAAUCGAGAUUUUACUUUUUCAGCGAUGAUGACAUGUAUGUCAGUACGAAAAAUGUAUUAAGAUUUUUAAGAAAUCCUACAAAAUACCCCGAUUAUCUUAAUUUCCCCUCCCUCAAGUCCGAAAAUCAUAAAAGUGUUAAAAAGAAAAAGUUUGGGAAUGAAAUUAGGCAUAAAAUGGGUAAAUGGUAUGUUUCCCUUAAAGAAUAUCCAUAUAAUUCAUGGCCUCCCUACGUCACGGCAGGAUCUUAUAUUUUGUCAAAAAAUGCUCUUUUUAAAUUAUACUAUGGUAGUUUUUACACGAAACAUUUUAAAUUUGACGAUAUAUAUUUGGGCAUUGUGGCGCAAAAGGUUGGAAUCCAAUUAUUUCACUCUGAUAAUUUUUAUUUUUAUAAAAAAAAUUAUAAUUUGUAUAGUUACAAGUAUGUGAUUGCAUCUCACGGGUAUGAUAAUGUUAAGGAAUUGGAAAAGGUUUGGAAUGAACAAAAAGAAGCAGGGAAUGCAUAG